AUGCAAAAAAUCUUUGUGUUUCAUGGAAAAUACCUUUCAACUUCAAUCGUAAACGUGAAAGAUUUGCUGUUAGGUAUCACGAAGAAGUUGAUUGUGACCACUGACCGAAGACUUUCUAUAACUGAAGACAGUUUUAAAGUUAAAGUAUUUUAUCCCGCACUGGACACGGCAUUGUUUGAGCUUAAAGAAAGGUUUAAAGGUCUUAAAACAAUAAGUGAUGAGUUUUCUUUUUUAAAACCAAUAAAUCUUACUACAAUAGAGGAACAAAUUAUAAUUAAAGCGUCCUACGAUUUACACAUAAAGUAUAAGAAUGAGUUAAGUUCAGAUAUUACAAAUCAACUUUUGUGUUUAAAAAAUUUUCUUUGUGUUAAAAACUCAACAUCUGUGUUGCAUGAUAUUAAAGACCUAAUAGUUUAUUUAAUAGAACAUGACUUGGCAUCGUCUUUUCAUGACGUUUUUACGCUGUGUUUAAUUUUUCUGACUAUUCCAGUUACAGUCGCUUCUGCUGAACGUUCUUUUUCUAAGCUUAAGCUCAUAAAAAAUUAUCUUAGAAACUCAAUUUCACAAGACAGACUGACGAACAUUGCAAUUCUCAAUAUUGAAAGAGAAAAAACCUCAGAACUUUAA